AGCAGUCCUUUUGUUGCUUUUUAAAAAAAGCAUUAAUGAUAAAUUUGCCCUCUAAAUUUAAUUAUAUUAAAUAUUGUUUAAGAAGAAUACGUACUUUUUAAAGGUUUAAUGUCUGGUUACGAGUUUUUCACUUCAGGUGCUCCAAGACAAGCCGAUGAAUCAGCAUGGAAAUAUCAUUUACGAAAAUUAUUUACGACCAAAUCUUUAGAAAGUUUUGAAAUGGAAAAAGAUACAUCGGGUUUAAAAAGAACUUUGAGUGCAUUCGAUUUGAUAAUGAUCGGUUUGGGGGGUAUUAUCGGCACUGGAAUAUUAAUUAUCACAGGACAAGCUGCAGCUACAAAAGCAGGACCAGCUGUAGUAAUUUCAUUUAUAAUUUCGGGAAUUGCAGCUAGUUUCGCGGCAUUAUGUUAUUCGGAGUUGUCGUCAAUGAUUCCGGUGGCCGGCUCUGCGUAUACGUAUGUUUAUGCGACAUUAGGUGAACUCGCCGCAUGGAUUAUUGGCUGGAGUUUAAUUUUAGAAUACGCAGUUGGUGCUUCGACAAUUGCUGUUGGAUGGUCAGGAUAUUUCGUUAAUUUUUUUGAUCAUUUUGGAAUAAAACUUUCACCAUCAUGGACGAGUGCACCACUAGUUUUUGAUCAUUCUACAGGAUAUUUACUACGAAUCCCCGGUGCUUAUAUCAAUUUACCGGCGUUUUUGUUAAUUUUAUUUCUUACAAUUAUAUUGAUAUUGGGUAUUAAGGAAUCUGCAACUGUAAACAACAUAGCCGUUACAUUAAAAGUUUUUGUUAUAUUAUUAUUUGUUAUAGUGGGAAUAACUAAGAUUAAUCCAAAAAAUUACGAUCCUUUCAUUCCUCAAAAUGAGGGAUCAUUCUCAGAAUUCGGCAUAACUGGAAUAUUAUCAGCUUCAAGUGUUGUAUUUUUUGCUUAUAUUGGAUUUGAUUCUAUAUCUACUGCUGCUCAAGAAGCUAAAAAUCCACAAAGAGAUUUACCUAUUGGAAUCAUUGUGAGUUUAAUCAUCUGUACUAUUUUAUACGUGGCAGUUUGCGUUGUCUUAACAGGGAUUGUUCAUUAUCCCGAGUUGAAUGAUCCAGCUCCCGUAACUGUUGCGAUUAAUGCGAUGGGAAUGAGUUGGUUAGGAGUUAUUGUAGAUUUUGGUGCUCUCGCUGGAUUAUUAUCUGGUAUACUUGUUUUUCUCAUGGGACAAACACGUAUUUUUUAUGCAAUGGCAAAGGAUGGAUUAUUCUUCCCGACAAUUGCAUCAAAGAUUCAUCCAAAGUAUAAAACGCCGCACAUUUCAACGGCUGUCACAGGAGUAAUCUGUGCAAUUAUAUCAUCUCUUCUUCCGAUAGGGGUACUAGCAGAAUUAACAUCAGUUGGCACUUUAUUAGCAUUCCUUUUAGUAAAUAUUGGAGUUUUGGUAUUAAGAAUUACAGCUCCUAAUGCACCAAGAAAAUUUAAAGUUCCGGGAGGACCUUAUUUGAUUCCUAUUAUAGGAGCUUUAUUAGAUUUAUUAUUAUUGUUUACUGCUACUACUGCUAGUUUAAUAAGAUUACUUGUUUGGAUGUUAAUCGGGUUGGUUAUUUAUUUCCUUUACGGUAGAUCACAUUCGGUCGCUAAUAAUAGUAAUCAAUAUAUGAAAAAUAAAGAAUUAAAUGGAUGAAAUAGAAAUAUUUUUUAAUUUAUUUUAACAUUAUGUAAUUCCAUGUAAUAAUGAAAUAUCAAAUAAAUUUUAUAACUGAGAAUGAUAUUGAAAACGGGAAAAUGUUUUCGAAUGAAUUAUGAUGAUACUCCAAAACGCGUAAUUUAAUGAUUCAUUUUAUAAUUACCUUAUAAUCUAAAAUACAAUCGUUUUUUAACAAAUAAACAAAGUCAGUUCUAACCAAGAAAUAAUAAAAUAAAAGUAGUUCUCAAAUUAUUACAUAAAAAAAAAAAAUAUAUAUAUAUAUUAUUAAUAUAAUAAAACAUUAAAUAUAAAAAUUAAUUAAAUUUAUUUUUUCCAAUCUA